AUGAACCUCAAGCCUGGAAACUCGAAGCAGGAGGAUGGGCAGGAGCCGUGGGCACUGGCGGGCACCGUCCUCACCCUCCUCUGCCUCCAGAUGGGCUCUGGGCUGGAGGGGGAAGAGAUGUUUCUCAGCCUGAAGCCCCUGCUCAUCAGCAUCCUGGCAGACAGCACAGCCAGCCCCAGUGCCCGGCAGAGCUGUGCCACGGCCCUGGGCAUGUGUUGCUACAUUGCUGCUGCUGACCUCGAGGACCUGAUUUCAUGCCUGUCCUGCUUGGAGGGCAUCUUCAGCCCCUCCAGCCUAGACGAGGGGGGUUCGGCACCAGCCCAGCAUGGCCCUCUGCACUGCAGUGCACUCCAGUCGUGGUCCCUGCUCCUCACCAUCUGCCCCCCCUCACACAUCAAGAGCAUCUUGGACAAUGGCUGGCUGAAGCUGCCCCCUCUGCUCUCCAGCAGCAGCGUUGCACUGCGCAUCCUGGCUGGGGAGGCCAUCGCACUGAUCUUCGAGCUGGCCCAGGACAUGGAGGAGGACUUGUGCCACCAAGACACAGAGUUCCUACAAGCCCAGCUCAAGGUCCUGGCUACCGAGAGUAACAAGUACCGAGCCAAGACAGACCGACGGAAGCAGCGAUCCAUCUUCCGGGACAUCCUGCACUUCAUCGAGAGUGGGGAGUACCAAGAGGAGACCAUCCGAUUUGGCCUGGAGUGCAUGUACCUGGACAGCUGGGCACGCCGGCGGACCUACCAAGCCUUUAAAGAAGUGCUGGGCUCUGGCAUCUGCCACCACCUUCGGAACAACGAGCUACUACGGGAGAUCUUUGGCCUCGGGCCUCCCUUGGUGCUGGAUGCAGCUGCUCUGAAAGCCAGCAAGGUCUCCCGCUUUGAGAAGCACCUCUACAACUCGGCUGCCUUCAAAGCCCGCACGAAAGCCCGGAACCGGGUGCGGGACAAGCGGGCAGAUGUGCUGUGA